AUGUGGAUUACUGGGCGCUGCUUUUCAUGGCCGAUGACAAGGCACGACAAUGGCUGGCUGUGUGCUGGGUGCUUGAGCAGCACACAGCUUCCGUAUGGUGACCGCCUGUAUGUCUAUGGAGCAUCUUCGGUCUGUGAAGCAGUGGUUCUGAUUUUGCUGCUGAUAAAGCUAGAGCUGGUCACGGGUUUUAUCAAGUCAGUCUCGUGUUCUCCUGAGAUCGACUUCCCGCUUCACGGUUUCUGCAUCUGCUACCAGUUUUCGCUCUCUGUGGACACGAUCCUGCGAGUGCCAAUCAACAUGGCUGCUUGGAAGAGAUACCUGAUCACGUUCCUGCUGCUCGCAUUGUUCGUAACAGUCGCACUUGCGUCUGAGGAGGAGGAAGCGGAGUCGAGUUCGGGUUCAAAAGACUCGACGAAAACUCUGAACGCAAACAAGGCGGGAGCCAUUUUCGUUUUCUUCGCUUGCAGCUUUCUCGGCGUAUGGCUUCCGUACUUCAUUCCGAUCCACCAGCUAAUUCUCAAGUUCGGAAUUCUCUUUUCCACUGGUCUCUUUAUCGGGAUGUCACUUCUCUAUCUAGCUGUGGAGACAUUUGAGGAGUUCGAAGAGCUCGCUGGAAAAGAUUAUCCUUACGGAAUGCUGGUCAUUGUGAUGGGUAUCUACCUCACGUGGCUCUGUGACCUCAUUGUGAAGACGAUCUGGCGGAAGAGAUCCGGCUCCUUAGAAGAAAAGGAAGAAGAGCUUGGUCCAACAGUUGCUGGCGCCAUGGGCGCAGGCCAGACCAAGGUGGUCGACGCAGACUCGGAGAAUCAGAAGCAGAUCGACGUGCAGGCGCUUUCCAUCGUCGACGUUAUCGUGGUGCUCUUCGCCCUCUGCUUCCACGCCUUCUUUGAGGGCAUGGCUGUCGGCCUUGCGUCUACGGUUCAGAGAGUCUGGACCAUGACUGCUCAGAUCGGCGUUAACGAGUUUUUCGAGGGAAUGGCGCUUGGAGUGACUCUCCGCGUUCAAGACACGUCCCGCUCGUGGCUCAACCAUCUACUCUUCGCCAUCGGAGCUUCCAUUGUUGCUCCCACUGGAAUCGCCAUUGGUCUUGCGAUUGAUUCAGCAAGCGGCAAGCAGGCUCGGGAUUGGGUGAAGGCGUUUGGAAACGGCAUGGCGGCUGGAGUGUUUAUAUUUAUUGCUCUUGGUCAUUUGCUGGCCAAGGGCAUGAAGCCAGGAGCCAAUGACAGGUGGUGGAUGGUGUUCGUCAAGUGGUUUGUGGCAGGGCUUGGUGUCAUGACCAAUGCCCUACUCCAGCUCUGGGGUGAGAGCUGA